CGCAUGCGCAGGUCGGUUGGGGCUGUGUGCAAGGCUAGCGCGGAGCCGGAGCAGCCGCGGUGAAGCGCCUGGGCCCCGUUGAGACCGCCGUGCCCGCUCCUCGCCGCCUCAGCCGCCGCCGACCCUGGGGGAGCGGCCGCCUAUUGUCUUUCACCGCGGCGAAGGAGCAGCGCGGCUCCGGCUCGGCCCUCGGGGGGAGCCCCGGGAGCCGCAAGUGUCCUGGGUCAUGAAACUUAAUCCACAACAAGCUCCAUUAUAUGGUCAUUGUGUUCUUACUGUACUGCUUGCUGAAGAGGACAAAGUUGAAGAUGAUGUAGUUUUUUACUUGGUAUUUUCAGGGUCUACCCUUCAUCAUUGUGCAAGUACUCGGAAAGUCACUGCUGAUACGUUGGAAACUGUCGCUCCUGGUCAUGAUUGCUGUGAGACAGUGAAGGUGCAGCUCUGUGCUUCCAAGGAGGGCCUUCCGGUGUUUGUGGUGGCUGAACAAGACUUCCAUUUUGUCCAGGAUGAGGCAUAUGAUGCAGCUCAAUUCCUGGCGACCAGUGCUGGAAACCAGCAAGCUCUGAACUUCACUCGUUUUCUGGACCAUUCAGGACCCCCGUCUGGGGAUGUGAAUUCUCUGGAUGAGAAGGUUUCGUUGGCUUUCAGACACCUGAAGCUGCCAGCAGAGUGGAAUGUGUUGGGGACAGAUCAGACUUUGCAUGAUGGUGUCCCCCGGGAGACAUUGAUGCAUUUUGCUGUGCGGCUGGGACUGUUGAGGUUGACCUGGUUCCUAUUGCAGAAGCCUGGUGGCCGAGGAGCUCUGAGCAUCCAUAACCAAGAAGGGGCAACACCUGUAAGCUUGGCUUUGGAGCGAGGUUAUCACAAGCUGCACCAGCUUCUAACUGAGGAGAAUGCUGGGGAACCAGACUCCUGGAGCAGUUUAUCCUAUGAAAUCCCUUUUGGAGAUUGCUCUGUGUGGCAUCAUCGGAAGCUGGAUAUCUAUACUUUGACCUCUCCAUCAGAAUCCAGCUGUGAACCCCCAUUUCCUGGAGACAGUUGCUCUGGACAUAUUUUAAAACUUAGGAACAUCCAACAGCAACUAAUGAAAACAAACCCCAGGCAAAUGGAUGAUUUUACACCCGCCAUGGUGACAGCACAGGAUCCUUGCAAUCUACCCAGUGUCCCAGAGACAAAUGGCCAGAUCCUUCCCUGUGCAUCAGAGCCCUCAGACAGUCAGCAGCUUUCUUCUCCUGAAGAGACUGGGACUAGCCUAUGCUGCCACGGGAGCCCUGUUAGACAGAUUGAAAGUUCCUGUGAUUUGUCACAUGUGAUUGAGGAAGAGACUACAAACUGUUCUUAUAGGAAGAAAAAUAAAGGUAUACAGAGAAAAGGGGAAGAGGUUGACCCUGCACCUGUUGUGGACUCAAGAACUGUGUGUAAUCAAGACAGAUGCCUUCAGAGUGUGCCUGACUGCGGCGUAAAAGGUACAGAAGGAAACAGGGAUGAAGAAACUGGAGCAGUGUCUUCUGGAAUGACCAUAGAACAGAAGGCUCUGUGUAACCAAAAGAGUUUGGUCCACAGGAAGGAAGAUAUGGUCAUGGAGCCGAGUGGGGCCCAGCAUCCCCCUGGAGGUGAAUUGUUAGGCAGUUCAGCAGAUGUCAGCCAGCCAGAGAGUGCUGGGAAAAUGAAACAUAGUCUCAUGAACUCAGGUGCCACCAUCCAGAACAGUAUGUGUGAGGCAGGGAAAAGUGCAGAGGAAAGAUUUGAGAACUCUGACAGCAAUACAGCUGAAACCACCAACGUACAGGUCAUCAGUGAGCCUGUGGAUAAAACCAGUGUUCCAAGCUGUCCCUCUGCCACUAGUACUCUGGAUGGCAGUAAACCUGAUAAUUCUUCCCUUGUGUUUAGUCUUGGAGAAAUCCCUGGUGAAAAAACAGCAGAAACUGAAACUUUGAGGAAGCGUGAAGAGUAUGCCGAUGCUCUUGAAGAUCAGAACUCACUGGUAAUUCUGGCUGCUGCAGAGGGACUAGAGCUGGAUAUUCCUGUAACAGGCAUUUGCAAGGCACUGUCACCCUCGGAGUUAACCUUUUCUGGGCUAGAGAAAGAUGUACUGCCAAACCAGAAAUCAGAAACAAAUACACCUCAUGUUGAAAGCCAGAACAGCAAAUCACUGGUUUGUUCUACAACUGGAGAUGAUAAACUUGGCACUGACUCUGUGUCUCAGCAGAACACAGUGACUUCUAGUGGUGAGAUGGUUGCAGAACAUUGCAAUGACAUAGUUAACCUCUGUGGAGUCACCACAGCAGGGCAGUCCAACACACAGGACCCACCCACUGCUGUCUGCCAGAAAGACCAACAAGCAAUGACUAUCCCCCCUAACCCUUUAAGAGAUACCCAAGAAUGCAUGGAUUUUUGUUCACUUGAAAGUUCAGAUAAAAAGGAUCAAGGAAAAGAUUUGAAAGUAGAUACACCUUUAAUAAAUGUGCAUGAGGAAGCUUCACAUCUGCAUUCAUUGGUGCCCAAAACUCAGGAAGAACUGGGACCAGAUGAGGCAGUACCAUCAGGCAGCACUUUCCCUCUGGCAAGCAGUCCAGGCAGUGAAUCAGUAACCAAAGAUGACGUACUUUCUCUUGUCCCCUCCCAGAAAGAAAAGGGAACAGCAACCCCGGAACUACACAGGUCUACAGUGUGUGGAGAUGACCCAGCCGGAGGAGAUUCAGAUUAUCCUGAUAACCAGCUGCUAGAAGACAGCACUGUAGGCCUGUCCACAUCCUGUGCUGCUGUAGAUCUUCAGCCCAGCAUGGGGAAUGUCAGUCCUGGAGGACUUGCUGGGGAGCAUGAGAGCCCUGGCCUCUCAGCACCCUCUGAAGUUCUGACUGACUCUUCACUGCUAAGUGUGGAUGAGGCUACUUGGGCCUCUAGCUCAGUUUUGACUGAAGAAGGAAAGAAUCUGGCAGUUUCUGAAAGCUCUGCAGCUCAGGGACAAGAUGACAAGGAUAAAGCAGCAAUGUGCUCCUCCAUUAAGAAGGAUAUGCUUUCUUCAGGAAUGUUGCUGGAAAUGCAGACACCAGGUGGACAGGAGACACCGGGGUUCUCGGCCGUCUGUACAGAGGACAAAGCGCUUCACCACAGUGAUUCACUGGUCAUAGCCUCUGUCUGUCUGAAGGCAGAAACUGAACAUAACAAGGAAGUGACCCCACAGACCUUGCUGGCCGAAGGUGGGGCCACACAGAGCCUGGUGACACCAGGAGCAAGUCUGCCUGCAGAUUCCAGGCAGGAACCCUUGGAUGCAGAGCAGAACAAAUCACCUGUCUUGCCAUGUCUGUUGCCAGAUGUGUCUGAGGCAUUUAAUGGCAAUCAGCCUUUUUCACGGGAUGUUGAAAUGAAGGACACUGAAUCCCAGGGGAAAACCAAUGCCUGUGAAGUGAGUGAAAAUGUGACAGUGGAUAUUCCAGGUUUUAAGACUAUACAAGGUCCUGCUGGGUCCAGAAGAAAGCAUAUACCAAACAACAGCCAAGACAUUCCAAUUUCCGAAGUUUUGUUGAACCAGGAGGAGAAUAUGGCCCUUAGUUUGUCAGGAGCUUUACCAGACAAAAGUAUGACCAGCCCACAGGAAGCUAUAACCCCAGCAGUGUUACCUCUGGAUUGGAAGAAAGAGAAGCUGGACGAAGCAGACCUCAGUGGUAUCACAAGUGCCUCCAAGGAGGUACAAAUGGAUGCUGAAGCACUGGAACCUGUUGCCAUGGAGCUUCCCACAGAGGCAGGGCUCUCAACUUUUGAUGGCAAGACCCCAGCUGUGAGGAGGGAAGUCACACAGGUUUCAACCUCAUCAGACAAGCAAGCUGAACAUGUGCCUGUGGGAGCAGACUUAGAGGAGGCUGCCAGCCGUAUAGUGGAAGCUGUCAUCGAACGAAUCAAGGCCUCGGGAGCACUGAUUACUGACAGAGAAAUCAGUCACAUGUCACUGUCCAGUCCUGAGUCAGGCCCUGUGACUGAAAUAUCAGAGGAGACCUCUACGGAGAAAGUGUGUGCUUCCCUGCCUGGGCAGACCCUGAAAAUGGAUAGUAUUUGUAAAGAAGCCACAGGGACUCUCACAGGACUCUUUGCUGGAAGGGAGGAGCCAGAGAAGAUUACUCUGCCUGUACAGAGACAGGAGCCAGCAACAGAAAUGCCAGACACAAAAGCAGAAGAUGAAGUGGAUUUUCUGAGUAAGAUCGGAUCAAGUUCAGAUUUUGACCAGGUGACUGUAGGGAAUGGAGCCACUACCCCUAAGAUGAAACAAGGCCCAGAGACCCAUGCAAUAAACCGUGAAAGCUGGUGUGCUUUAGAGCCGUGCGCCGCUGCAACAUCUCUUUUGGCCUCCAAGCAGAACCCAAAAUGUGAGAACUUGGAUGUUGGACCUGACAGAGAAUGUACCUCAAAACAAGGUGUACAUCAGAGAGAAUCUGGGAGUGAUUCUGACCUCUUUCGUUCACUCAGUGAUGACACGGACAGCAUCGUCUUCCCAAAGCCCGAGAUCUGUGAUAUCGUGGGAUCCAGUUCUACCGAUGACACGGCUUCCCUGGAUCGACAUUCUUCUCAAGGCAGUGAUGUGUCCCUCCCUCAGAUUUCAAAGUUAAACAGGGCCAGAGAUCAGCAAAGCUCUGAUGGCUUCUGCAGCCAUGGUAUGGAAGCUGAGGGCCAGGAGAAUGAGAGUGAGCCUGCUGCCUCUGGCGAGAUUGAGGAGGAGGAAAUGGACAGCAUUACAGAAGUACCUGCCAACUGCAGGAGGAGCUCCAUGCGUUCUCUCUCCCCGUUCAGGAGGCACAGCUGGGGUCCUGGAAAAAACGCAGCCAGUGAUGCAGAAAUGAACCACCGGAGUUCAAAUCGAGUUCUUGGGGAUGUUGUCAGGAGGCCUCCCAUUCAUAGGAGAAGUAUGAGCUGGUGUCCUUCUGGUGUGCAAUAUUCUGCUGCCUUGAGUGCUGACUUUAAUUACAGAAGUUUCAGUCUUGAAGGCUUAAUAGGAGCAGCUGGCAUUGGAAACAAGCUGUCCUCAUCUUUAGAAGUUAAUGCUGUAAACUCCAAAGAGCUCAGGCAUACUUUCAGUGGAGAGGAACGGGGUGACUCUUUAAUGUCACUUUCAGAAGAGGAUCUGGAGUCACACCAAAGAGAACAUAGGAUGUUUGAUCAGCAGAUGUAUCACAGAGCUAAACAACAGGGAUUUAAUUACUGUACAUCAGCUAUUUCUUCUCCAUUGACAAAAUCCAUCUCAUUAAUGACAAUCAGCCAUCCUGGAUUAGACACUCAGCCGCAGAUGCAACCAGCACGGCGGAUUUCCUUCUCCAUCAGCAUCUCUCCGCUUCUCCUUAAGUCUAAAACUCUCUUUUCUCUUGGCUCUUCUUAUUCCAGUGAUGAGGAGGAAGAGUUGCAUAAUUCACGGCCUUUCCACACCACCAGUGCCAAUCUGACUGAAAGUAUAACAGAAGAGAACUAUGAUUUCCUGCCACCAAACCCCUCCAAGAAAGAUUUUGAAGAGAAAAGUGGAACAAAAGUCAGUCGUACAUUCAGCUACAUCAGGAAUAAAAUGUCCAGUAGCAAGAAGAGCAAAGAAAAAGAAAAAGAGAAAGAAAAAAUUAAGGAGAAGGAGAAAGAUUCUAAAGAGAAGGAGAAGGACAAGAAGACUGUCAAUGGGCACACUUUUAGUUCCAUUCCUAUUGUGGGUCCCAUCAGCUGUACCCAUUGUUUAAAGCCUUUUACCAACAAAGACGCCUAUACUUGUGCAAAUUGCAGUGCUUUUGUCCACAAAGGCUGUAGAGAAAGUCUGGCCUCCUGUGCAAAGGUCAAAAUGAAGCAGCCCAAAGGGAACUUCCAGGCCCAAGACACAUCAUCAUUGCCUGUCAUCAUGAGAAACAAGCCCUCACAGCCCAAGGAGCGCCCCAGAUCUGCAGUCCUCCUGGCUGAAGACACCAUAGCUGCCCCAGUGUUUGCCAACAGACGGUCCCAGCAGAGUGUCUCUCUCUCCAAAAGUGUCUCUAUCCAGAACAUCACUGGAGUUGGCAGUGAGGAGAAUAUGUCAAACACCUGGAAAUUCCUGUCUCACUCAACAGACUCACUAAAUAAAAUCAGCAAGGUCAACGAGUCCACAGAAUCACUGACUGAUGAGGGAGUAGGCACAGACAUGAAUGAAGGACAGCUGAUGGGAGACUUUGAGAUUGAUUCCAAACAGCUGGAAGCAGAGUCCUGGAGUCGGGUGGUGGACAGCAAGUUUCUGAAACAGCAAAAGAAAGAUGUGGUCAAACAACAAGAAGUAAUUUAUGAGUUGAUGCAGACAGAGUUCCAUCACAUCCGCACACUCAAGAUCAUGAGUGAUGUAUAUAGCCGGGGAAUGAUGACAGAGCUCCUCUUCGAGCAGCAGACGGUGGACAGGCUGUUCCCCUGUUUGGAUGAGCUGAUCAGUAUUCAUAGCCAGUUCUUUCAGAGGAUCUUGGAGCGGAAGAAGGAAUCUCUAGUGGAUAAAAGUGAAAAGAACUUCCUUGUCAAGAGGAUAGGGGAUGUGCUUGUAAAUCAGUUUUCAGGUGACAGUGCAGAACGUUUAAAGAAGACAUACGGCAAGUUUUGUGGGCAGCACAACCAGUCUGUAAACUACUUCAAAGACCUUUAUACAAAGGAUAAGCGUUUUCAGGCCUUUGUAAAGAAGAAGAUGAGCAGUUCAGUGGUAAGGAGGCUUGGAAUCCCGGAAUGCAUAUUACUUGUAACCCAGCGGAUCACCAAGUACCCGGUUUUAUUCCAACGAAUAUUGCAGUGUACCAAAGACAGUGAAGUGGAACGGGAUGACCUGGCUCAGUCCUUGAGCCUGGUGAAGGACGUCAUUGGAGCUGUGGACAGCAAAGUGGCGAGUUAUGAGAAGAAGGUACGUCUCAAUGAGAUUUAUAUGAAGACAGAUAGCAAGUCGAUCAUGAGGAUGAAGAGUGGCCAGAUGUUUGCCAAGGAGGAUUUGAAGCGGAAGAAGCUGGUGCGGGAUGGGAGUGUGUUCCUGAAGAGCGCAACAGGACGGUUAAAAGAGGUUCAGGCAGUUCUGCUCACUGACAUUUUAGUUUUCCUUCAAGAAAAAGACCAGAAAUACAUCUUUGCGUCACUGGACCAAAAAUCAACAGUGAUCUCUUUAAAGAAAUUGAUUGUAAGAGAAGUGGCACAUGAGGAGAAAGGUCUUUUCUUAAUCAGUAUGGGAGUGAAAGACCCAGAGAUGGUGGAGGUACAUGCCAGCUCCAAAGAAGAGCGGAACAGCUGGAUUCAGAUUAUUCAGGAUACAAUCAACACCCUGAACAGAGAUGAAGAUGAGGGAAUUCCCAGUGAGAAUGAGGAAGAAAAAAAGAUGUUGGACACCAAAACCCGGGAGCUAAAAGAGCAACUGCAACAAAAGGACCAGCAGAUCCUCCUCCUACUGGAAGAGAAGGAGAUGAUUUUCCGGGACAUGACUCAGUGCAGCACUCCCUUGCCGGAUGAUUGCUCCCCAGCUCAAAGCCCUAGAACCCUCUUCCGUUCCAACACAGAGGAGGCUCUGAAAGGAGGACCUCUAAUGAAGAGUGCAAUAAAUGAGGUGGAGCUUCUUCAGGGUCUGGUGAGCGGAAGCCUGGGAGGUACCUUUGCCCAGGCCGUCGGCAGCUCUGUGGAGCAAGAAGCCAUGGUUGGCCCUGUAUCCUUGCCCCGGAGAGCAGAGACCUUUGGAGGGUUUGACAGCCAUCAGAUGAAUGUGGCUAAAGGAGGUGAGAAGGAAGAAGGAGAUGAAGGCCAAGACCUUAGGAGAACAGAGUCAGAUAGCGGUCUUAAAAAGGGUGGAAAUGCUAACCUGGUAUUUGUGCCUAAAAGAAACAGUGAGGUUGUCCGGAGCAUUGUUCAUCUGUACGAACUCCUCAGCACCCUGCAGGGUGUGGUGUUGCAGCAGGACAGCUACAUUGAGGACCAGAAGCUGGUGCUGACCGAGAGGGCACUCACACGGAGUGUGUCCCGUCCCAGCUCCCUCAUCGAGCAGGAGAAGCAGCGCAGCCUGGAGAAGCAGCGCCAGGACCUGGCCAACUUGCAGAAGCAGCAGGCACAGCACCUGGAGGAAAAGCGCCGGCGGGAGCGGGAGUGGGAGGCCCGGGAGCGGGAGCUGCGGGAGCGGGAGGCACGGCUGGCUGAACGCGAGGAGAAGGUGCAGCGUGGGCAGCAGGACCUGCACCGGGACUGGGAGGAGCUCCAGCAGAAGAAGGGCGUGUACCAGAGUGAUCUGGAGCGGCUGCGCACUGCUCAGAAGCAACUGGAGCGGGAGCAGGAGCAACUGCGGCGGGACAUGGAGCAGUUCAGCCAGAGGCAGAUGGAGCGGAACCUGAGCCAGGUAUCACAACACACCAAGCUCAUGAGGAUCCCGUCCUUCCUUCCCAGUCCUGAGGAGUCGUCCUUGCCCUCUGUACCUGCAGUGACCAAGUCAGGAUCAUUGGACUCAGAACUUUCAGUGUCCCCCAAAAGGAAUAGCAUCUCUCGGACACACAAAGAUAAGGGGCCUUUUCACAUACUGAGUUCAACCAGCCAGACGAACAAAGUGCCAGAGGGGCAGAGCCAGGCCCCUUCAAGCACCUCCACCUCCACCCGCCUGUUUGGGUUGGCUAAGCCAAAGGAAAAGAAGGAGAAGAAGAAGAAGAACAAAGGAAGCCGCCCCCAGCCAGGCGACGGCCCUGCAUCAGAAGCAUCAGCAGAGGGUGAGGAGAUCUUCUGCUGACCUCUUCCUUCAAAUCUGGCCUCCGUGCCUUCCUGCCUCUCCUCCUGUCCCUCACGCACAAGUCUCCACACUGGAUGUCCACUGCUCCCCAGCAUCGUCCUGGGCACCCCAGGUCCUGCACAAGAAGCAGCAGAUGGUCUUGAGUGUUGGCAGGGAGGCGGCCCAGACUCCACUCCAGGCUUGAUCUGUGACUGCUCUGGACUGAGGGCUGGGUAGGCUGUGCUCAGGACAUUAACCUGAAAGUUGUGGCUCCAGAAGUAGAGGGGAUAGUUUGGGACAUGUCAGGAAUCCCUAAGGGUCUCCCUUUUAUGUGGGGAGCACAGCAGAAUCACACAGGUAGGGAGGACUGCAUCUGUGCGCAUGUUCAGUGCCCCAGCUUUGCUCAGCCCAGCCACAGGGGCCUCCGCUUCACCAUAGCCCACGGAGGUGGGGUCCCUGUAAACCACUCUAUGCUUGUGUCACCCUUUUCUCAUUUCAUCUUUGAAGGGGUGACAGACACCUGUGAAACCAGUGGUAGGGUUCUUGAUGUGGAUAAAGGAAAAAAAGCAUAAGAUCUGUAAACCACCUUGAUCUUGAUUUCCCAGGUUUAACUUACAAAAGACUGUUUCCCCAAAUUCCAAAGAACCAACUGGACUUUCCAAGAUACUUGCCUAUAGCUCCUAGGCACAGAGGGCGUAGAGAGGCAUCGCAGUGUUAGCCCUGCAGUGCGAUACUUUGGGGUUCACUGAGCACUCAGAAGAGUCCUCAUAACAGCUCCACUGGGGUGCCCAGCCAAGCAGCUUCCAGUCUCGCACCUGCAACCCAACCAUGGCCUGAGCCCCUCGAGGUACCCCAGGAUGGCUGGCUGAGCGGUGGGUGCAGGUGUAGGGUUAAGCCUGGUGUACCGUUUCCGCGUGUGCACAAGAGGGAGGAGCCCCACAGCAGAGGCAUGCUCAUUCUGUUAGGCCUCCCUCAGCAAAAUGCGGUUCUGAAAAACUGUUUAAAUCCAGAGCCCUUUAACUGUGCUGUACCCCACGAAGGUCUCACAGGCUGCCUGGGUUUUCUUUCCCCUUCCCCGUUUCGAGCUGUGUGCUUGAGGCUUUCACUGCUGGUGUGGCAGGGUAGCUCUUUGGUAAGGGCUCCCUUGGAGGCUCCCUGUGCCGCCAUGCUGCUUCCUGGCAGAGGAAACCUGGAAAUGCUGUGUUUCGUAAGUGGCCUUCAGUUCUUGCUUUUUGCCUCUCAGAACCAUGAGGCUUUGAACAUUUCUUUCUAAAGACAAAAAUCUGUAACGUGGUGCUUGUUGAUGAAUUGCAAGCUGGCCUUGCAGAUGGAUAUUUAUCUUUCAGUUUAUUUGAAAGAGGUCUGGUUUAAAAUUUUAGCCUAAAUUUGUUUUAUUUAUUUGUGUGUGUGUGUGUCGUGUUUGUUCUAGCCCAGCAGUUCACUCAGCUGAUCAGUGCAGAGAGUGCCGAGCAGCCAGCACUGCUCGCUCCUCUCUUUCAGGUGCCUUGAGAGCCAGCUGGACUCUGAGGUGGCACUGGGGAGGCCCUGUGCCUUCUCUCCCCUACUCCCGAUAGGGCUUUUAUCAAGGGACGUCUUCUUCCUUGAGGACUAGUACGGUUUAGGCCAAACUCAGCUCAUUUUUUUUUUACAUGAAACUAAAAGACCCAAAACAGCAAAGUCAGCUGCUGCUUCCAGUCCACACAACUCCAAGGCAGAGCUGAGCCUGCCAUGACCUUUCCCAGAGCCCAUGGGGCCGGGCUAGCAGCUCCAGCCCCAGCUCCAGCUCCAGCCCCAGCCCCAGCUCCAGCUCCAGCCCCAGCCAGGUGCUGUCGGGAAGCUGGGAGGAGCCGUGUGCAUGCGUCCCUGCAGGUGUGAUGUUUAUCUUCAGGUGUCUGUUACUCCCCCGCCCCAGCUGUGCCGAUUCCCUUGCUUUGCUGGUUCAGGUCAUUGUAAAAAGGGAGAUUUCACCUCUUCCCCCACCCCUCGCUCACUCAGAACGUGGCCAGGUUCUGGUUGGGCAAGAUGAACUCAGAAGGUCGGGUCUUGACUUCCCCUGCACUGCAGCUCUCCUGCAGAAAUACAGGUGGUUGUGCAGGAGAUGCUUAGAGGACUGUGCUUUCACUUGCCUGCUCUCUCUGUUCCCCUUUGGAUUUGGCCUCUGGGACUGGUUGCUGUGCUUGGGAACUACCCAGGAUAACUGCUGUGGUGCUUCUGCUUGUGCCCCGAGACUGCUCUAGUUCCCCAGUCAGCGCCCCGGGGAUGGUUUCCAGGGACCUGGAUUGUUUUUCCCUUAUGGUCUCCCACACUAGGAAGCCAUAGUUCUUCCUCAGGCUAAAGAAAUCAGAUGCCUGAAAUUGUGAUUGAGGAACAGAUUCAAAUACUGUCCCCAGCUCCAGCCAGCUUGUAGUGCACUUCUGAACGGACACUGCACCUGCCCCCGAAAGUUAGUCAUCUCAGUGGCUGUCCCCCCAGCUGGUUGGGUGACGUGCACUUUAAAAGCUGUCUCCUCAGUUGGCUCCAUUUUUGAGACAAUCAAAUAUAUAAACUGUUUCCUUAGUAAAUGGAGAAGGUUAAAACAUGCAAAUUGCCAUAUUUGGCUCUGCCAACAUUCCCUCUGCCCUAGGAGAGUGGUCUUGUGAGGAAGAAAAUCCUUCUCAAGACUUUCUUGAAAAGGUACGACCCCUGCCAUUGCCUUGCCCACGUCUCAGGGUUAUACCACUAAGAGCUGCUCCUCCGAGAAUCUUUCCACAUUGCCUGCCUAGGCCUUAGUGCUAGUGGCACAUAUUUUUGAGAUCUUUGGGGUCCUGUUUGUUCCUUUCUUGGUGGGUGGUUUGCGUGCACAGGGCUUAAUAGGUCCUGCCUUAAAUCAAGGGUAGGUCAGAAAGCACCUCAAUAGAAGUACUCUGUAUUGUGUUCCUUCACCCCUGAUGCUCUCCUGCUGCCUGUUUUUUUGCAAGGAUUUGGCAUUUGUUUGGGGCUAAAAGUUUACUGGGAGGAUGGGUGGCCACUUGUGCCCAGAGGAAGCAGCCCUAGGAGGAGGUGCAGACAGUCCUGGGUAGUGGGCUUGGGGUGGUUCCAGGCAGUGCAGAAGGCCUCCUUCCCUGAGCAGGACCAGCUGUGGACUCACCAGUGUCCUGGGCUGUCCCUUCAGCCCUGCUGAACUCACCCUUCCUCCAAGACCAAGGGGAGGGGUUGUUGGGUUUGGGUGCAUAGUUUUUCUUUCAUUGUAGCAUAACAUUCCUAGUUAACCAGAGCUUUGGAAUCUGCUACCUGCUGGCCAGGAAUUGAAACAAAAAGUAUUUUAAUGCUGCCAUAAAAAGGAAGGAAAAGAGAAGGAGCGGGGCCUUUCCACAUGCUUAUCUAUUGUAAUUUGUCAAGAGACUGGUAGGCUAUCAGUCAUCCUCGGUCUCACUGAGGUUCGAGGCUGGGCAGCCCCCACUGGCCCCCGGAGGCCUGUCCUCCUCAGAGGGAGCCAGUGUCCCUCUGGGCCCCUGUGGGGACCUUCCUUGGAGCUGUGCCCUGCCCUUGCACCACUGAGAUGGGGGUCCCAGCGCACUCACUUGGCAUCGCGUCUGGUGAGCCUGGCUGUUCGUGUCCCUUGCCCCAUAGCAGGAAGGUGGGGCAGCCGUUCCCAAACGCUGUAUGAGCAUUCUGUGCUAACUCCUAUUCAGUAAAAAGAUGGGUCACAACCCAGAUGCUGUAUAUUAAUUUGUAAUUAUGUAUAAAGUGAAGCAGUUUUAAACUGUAAAGAUUUUUUUCAGUGUUUUCUGGAGUUUCACCACAACAUACUGGCUUUGUAUUUUAUUUAUCUUCCUUUCUAGUUACUGGCUUCAGAUUCUUGUGAAGUCCCCCUCAACCCUUCCUAAAAGAAAAUAAAUCUCCUUUGAAGUCUU